AUGCCAGAGAAAUCAGUUAAUGGUACUCCUCUUAAUCCAAGACCAUAUUUUCCACCACCAAUGACUAAAAAAUUAGUCCAAUUAGUGACUGAACAUGAAUGUUUAGUUAAUCAUUAUGAUAAUACUUAUAUGGGACGUUGUAAACGUAUGGAAGCUUGGAAACAAAUAACUAAUAUUUUAAAUCAAGAAUUUGGACUUAAUUUUACAGUAAAACAAAUAAAAAAAAAAUUUUUUAAUAUUGAACAAAAUACAAAAAAUAAAGUAUAUCCUGGAGGUAAUGGUUUACCACAUGGAGUUGGAAGACCAGUAAAAAGAGAAAGUAGUGUUAUGACUGGAGGCGCAGAUGAUGAAACCGGAGAGGAUGUUAUACCUACAAAAUUACCUGCAAUGACAGAAACAGAAGGUGAAUAUUUAAAGUUAUUUAACAAUAAAUGGAGAAAUAAACAUGGAGGAAAAAUUAACUCAAUUGCAAGUAAAUUAAAAAAAAAUAAUUCUAAUAAAAAUGAUAACAAUAUUCAAGUACCUAAAACUGAAGAAACACCAACAACACCUAAUAGUAAUGAUAUUCAGAUGAGUAAUAUUGUUGCGGUACUUUCACAGAUGCAAGAGAAUAGCCAAUUGGCAAAUGAUUACAUUAAUACAUAUAGUGAUAGAGAUCAAUUAACAAAAAUUCUUCAAUCAUUUCAACUUAAUUCUAGUGGUAUUCAACAUAACUCUCUUUUAAAUAAUCAAUUUGUUGAUCAAGUUCCUAAUAUUUCAAGUAAUGGUGAGCUUGAUGCAUUAAAUUAUAAACCUGCCAAUCAUUUAUUUGAUACAUUUCAAGCUUUUCAACAAUCAUCUGAAGCUAAUAAUAAUAUUAUGGGAAAUUUAAAAAAAGAACAAGAUACAACUCUUAAUAUAACUGCUGAAAGUGCUUCAAUUAAUUCAGUGGUAUCAAACACUACUCCAGCUAGAAAUGCUCAAACACCAAGUAUUAUGAGUGAAUCUCCAAAUCAAGACGUUGUUGAAAUAAAUAAAAAAUAUUUUGAAACAAUUAUUGAUAAAAUAGAGAAGAUGCUCAACAACUUUAUUGAUCAUCAAAAUAAAAUGACGAUUCUUCUUGAUAAAAUUCUUCAAAAACUUGAUUCAUAA